AUGACUGAGAGGAGAGGGGGUCUCUGUGAAGAUGUAGAUGUUACAGAGAACAGUCAGGGUGCAUGGACCUUGGUGAAGAGCUCAAAAGGGUUUCUGUGUGGGAUAUCGCACAAUCUGAACCUUCAGGUCAAAUCAGAGCCAACCAGUCCCAGGUUACAGAUGGACACAGGAGGGUAUUUUAGCCCUGGAGGAAUGUCUGACACCAGCAGUAGUUACGGCCUAUCUGUUGGGGGACAGUCUCAGGGUUUGGACUCUCCUACUGCAUUACUUACAUAUUCUGAUAACGGGGAGAAGCUGUUUGCAGACAGUCCGCCAUCGCUCGGAGAUGACCCCACCAUGCAGUGUGUUCUACGGUCUGUCCCCAAGCGACUAUGUCUGGUAUGUGGGGACACAGCAUCGGGGUAUCAUUAUGGAGUUGCAUCUUGUGAGGCUUGUAAAGCAUUUUUUAAACGGACAAUACAAGGUAGCAUUGAGUACAGCUGUCCUGUGGUGAAUGACUGUGAAAUCACUAAAAGGCGGAGGAAGUCUUGCCAAGCCUGUCGCUUCCACAAGUGCCUGAAAGUUGGGAUGAUGAAGGAAGGCGUGAGGCUGGAUCGGGUGCGAGGCGGAAGACAGAAGUAUAGACGUCCAGUGGAGGUCGAGACUCCGGAUCCCUGCUCUUAUCUCACUCUCCAUCAUACAUUUCCCGGAAAGAAGACAACAAACAAAGUGGUGUCGCAUCUGAUUUUGGUUGAGCCCGGAGAGGUAUUUGCAAGCCCUGAACUUGAUCUUCCAGAGAGCAGCCUACACACACUGACCACUCUCUGUGAGCUCAUGAACCGCGAGCUGCUCGUCACCAUUGGCUGGGCCAAGCACGUCCCAGGUUUCUCCGUCCUGUCACUGGUGGACCAGAUGGCCCUUCUGCAAAGCGCAUGGAUGGAAGUCUUGGUCCUGGGCAUCGUCUAUCGCUCUUUACAGAUGAACGAUGAGCUGGCAGUGGCAGAAAACUUCCUUUUGGGCAGGGAACAGUGCCGCAGCUCUGGCCUCCUGAACCUUCAUUCUGUCCUCCUACAGCUGGUCAGGAAAUAUCGAAAGACAAAGUUGGACAAGGAGGAAUUUGUCACUCUGAAAGCAAUGGCUCUCGCCAACUCAGAUGCCAGCAACAUUGAGAAUGCUGAGGCUAUUCUGAGCCUACAAGAUCGUCUUCACGAGGGCCUGCAGGACUAUGAGAGGGAGCACCACACUGAGGACCCUCACCGAUCCGGAAAACUUCUCAUGACCUUGCCCCUUCUCCGCCAGACCGCAAACGAAGCUGUCCGCACCUUCUGCCAGAUUCGGAUGGAAGGGAGAAUCCCAAUGCACAAACUCUUCCUGGAAAUGCUGGAGGCCAAGAUGUGACUGUUCUGCUACCACCAGGAAGUAGCCACAUUGGAUUGAGCCAUGAACCCCGGAUGAAUGGACUUCCCACAGCAGCUUUAUUUAAACUAUGGCGGAAAAAAAAAAAAAAUCAGACAGAUUCCACUCAGUAUUUGCAAACUCUGGGUAGACUUAAACGGCCAAUUGGGUUCUAACUGUAGUCAGUCUGUACAUUUGACUGGCUGUCCCUUUGGAGGACUUGAUGUUGGGCUGAAGGACAGAUUAUCACACACAUUUCCUAUCUACUGUAUAUAGAAUUGAGGUGUAGGGUAUAAACACUAGCACUGUCAGUCUUCAGAAAACGGACCUUGUCUUAAGACGUAUGGAUUUCAGGUGGUACCACAGAAAUAUAACAUUCAUGAAAACUGCCAUCGUUUUGUGUCUGCACCUAUAGAUAUUGCUCAUUGUUUGUGAAAGCAUUAACAAAUGCCGAACAUCAUAUAUAUAGAAUUAUACAUUUAGCUCUACGGUCCUACACAGAAAGAGCUUGCAACCCCACCUGACAACCAAACUUCCCAGGGUAUGAUGUCUCUCGCAUGGUGGC